AUGCAUAUUUUAAAUGUAGCAGAGAAGCCGUCCGUCGCAAAAGCAAUUUCAGAUAUACUGUCAAACGGAAGCGCGCACUCAAGCAGUGGAUUCAAUAAAUACUGCAGAGUUUUUAAAUUUGACCUUCAACUCUCCGGAGCACAGACGAAAAUGGUGUUCACCAGCGUGCUCGGGCACCUAUACGCCCUGGAGUUUGAGAGAAAGACUCUGUGGAGUGAAGUUGAUCCGAUCAGUCUUUUCGGGGAAAGAGUGCACUGGACAAUCCCAGCAGCAAUGCAGGAUGUGUCUAAAACCAUAGCAAAUCUCAGCUCGCAAUGCGCAAUGCUUAUCAUCUGGACAGACUGCGACAGAGAAGGAGAGAACAUAGGCACGCAGAUCUCCAAUCUUGUACAGAAUAAAAUCAGAAGAGUCAAAAGAGCGCGCUUUUCGGGGCUGAGUAAGUACGAGAUUUUCAGAGCCCUGGAGAAUCUUGGAGAGUUGAAUGCACACGAGUCGAAAGCAGUUGAGUCAAGGAUAGAGAUAGAUCUUCGGAUAGGCGCAGCAAUAACUCGGCUGCAGACCCUCCAGCUGCAGAGCGUUUUAGAGAACAAGUCAGUUAUCAGUUACGGCAGCUGCCAGAUACCCACACUAGGCUUUGUGUGCGAAAGAGAAGAAAGCAUAGAGAACUUCAUCGAAGAAGAGAACUGGAGCAUACAGGUUGAAGUAGAAAAUAACGGCAAAAAAGGAGUGUUCAAGUGGGACAGAGGAACUAUAUACGAUGAAGACUACGUAAAAAGCAAGAUGGAAUGGAUAAAAGACGGAGAGCUGGUCGUAAGCAGGCUGGAAACAAAGAAAGUGCAGAAAUGGAGGCCGUAUCCCCUCCGAACUGUUGAGCUGCAGAAGUUCUUUGCCAAAGGCCGAGGCGUCUCUAGCUCGCAUGAGCUUAUGAACAUCGCAGAGUCGCUCUAUACGUCUGGAUACAUCAGCUAUCCCAGAACAGAAACUGACGCAUUUCCUUCUACCUUCAACUACAAAGAGCCUCUGGAAAAGCUAAAACACGAUUCAGUGCUUGGGGAGUACGCUGCAAGUCUCAGGCCAGGGAGACCCUCAGCAGGAAGACACAACGACCAGGCGCACACGCCAAUAUAUCCCAUGAAGAGCGGAUCUGAUCUAAGGGGGAAGGAAAGGGCUGUAUACGAGUACGUAGCCAGACGGUUCCUUGCCUGCUAUAGCGAGAACGCAGAGGGAGAGGAAGAGCUGAUUGAGUGCACAGUCAAAGGCGAGUGCUUUAGGAGAAAGACUCUGAAGGUCCUGAAAAAGAACUAUCUUGACGUAUUUAUCUACGAGAAGUGGGGAGAUACAGAAAUUGACCUGGGGCUAUCCCUGGGGCAGGCGCCUAGGUGGGCAGCUAGCCAGAAAGAGUCCAAAACAGAAAAGCCACAUCUUCUUACCGAAGCAGAGCUUAUCGCAAAAAUGGAUAACAAUGGGAUAGGAACAGAUGCGACCAUACACGACCACAUACACCGGAUAAAAGAAAGAGGAUACAUCCAUGUCGUUAACACAAACUCACUGAAGAGCACAUGGCUUGGGCGCUCUCUAGUGAACGGGUACAAGAGCAUAGGCCUUACGAUCAGCGAGCCGCAUUUGAGAAAAGAUUUUGAGUGCAACCUCAAAAAAGUGUGCAGCGGAGAGUUUAGCCCAAGUGUGCUGGUGCAGCAGGAGCUUAAGAAGUACGAAGAGAUAUAUAGAGUAAUAGAGAGCAACAUUUCAAAAUUCAAAGAGGAGUUCAUAAAGAACAAAAAAGGCCCAGGGGAGGGGGGAGAAGCUUUGAUGGCAGGAAAUAGGAACAGUCCUUCUGAGCUGGAGAACAAAGCUCUCACAGAAGACACACGCUCAACCGGUGCGUACAAAAAAACCUUUUCUCGACCCGAGCCGUCUUUUCGGAAUAAAGAUAGCAAAACCACUAAAAAAGUAUACAGAAAUCACAUAGAUAUGGAAGACUCUGCAGAUAACAAUGGACAGCAAAAAAAGAAAAAGUACGAAAAAGAAAGGUUUACCAGCAAGAUAAACAGUCCAAAGAAACCGUUCGCAAAGGACAAACCUGCGUUCCAGACAGAGGGAAGAUAUCCUGGAUACAAGUCAGCAGCUGAGAUUUUAAGACAAAAGGACACUGCACACACUAAUAACGGUCUAGAAGAUGGAGAUGAUAACUCAUUCGUAGCACAGCUGCCAAAAGGCACCAUCGUAUGCCUCUGCAACAUAGUGGCCAAAGAGAAGAAAGUGAUGAAAGAAGGGCCUAGUAAGGGAAAACUGUUCUAUGCCUGUGCAGCAGGUCAGUGCGAUUACUUUGCAUGGAAAGACUCGGCAACUGAGAAUGCUGCACAGGCGCGGGCUAUACUCCUUAAAAAAGACGCACCGGCCCCUAGAGAAAGAGCUCCCAUGAGUUCUAUGCACACUGAUAAGGUAAAAUGCGAUUGCAACAUGUCAGCGAAAUACUUUCUCUCUAAAACUGCGCGAAACAACAACAGAGGGUUUUUUAAGUGCAAUAAGAGCUACAAGCCGUGUUUAUUCUUCAAAUGGGAGGAUGAAAUAACAGAUUUAAAAAAAGAGAAAUAG